UGUAAGUGUCCCCUCUCUAUCGCCCGGGUUGUUAAUGAAGUGGAAACCCGUGUUAACGCGUUAGUGCCCUCUGUACUCUUAUCUCAUUAUUCUCGGAGUACGUUUCAUACGGAGAACAGAUUUACCCUCAAAGAAUAAACGUGACAUCGAUCAGAGACUACGAUAAUUCUGAUUUACAUUGAAAUUCUUGGGGUUAUAUUGGAGUUAAUUUCGGGCCACUGACUGCAAUGAACAAACUGCACGAAUGUAUAGCAAGUGUCAACGGAAGAAUUGCGACAUCGAUUUUCAUAAGCUGGUAAUCAUGCGAGAAAACAGCGUUCGUCUGUCAGGGUCCUCAAUGUACAUAGCUGAUGCUGAUGUAUUCAGAACAUCUACAUUGUAAUGGGCCUAAUUUGAUCAGAAAUUGGCAGUGGUGGAAUUAGCCAAUUCUUUUAUAUGGAUGAGGAUCUUUCGGCCUGCAAUGUCCCUCUGUGCCAACACUAAAGAAUUUGCCCCGAUAUGGUAACUGCCACUGUUUUGUUCUAAAGCUUCGUGACGAAUUUUUGUGAAACGUUCAGAUGAAAUGUAUGAGAGGUUUAGAAAAUUUGUCGAUUAUUUCUGAAUUAUGGAUGCCAAGGCGCAUGGCAGUUGGCUGCAUCGUCCGGACACAGAUUCGAUAGGCCUGAGUACUACCGGUUCUACAAUUCAACUGACUAUCUAAAAACAUAACCAUAUAGUGAUGGAGAUAGACUUGAAACUGUAGUAAGCAAUUGCUUCACUUCUGGUGACAAUUCAGCAGGUCAGCCAUGUUUGGAAUGGAGAUUAUGCAAAAUUUUACAAACGGAACCCCUGAGUCUUACGGUGGGGUGGGGUAUGAGAUGAGACUACUUGCCAAGGGCAGCCCCGACCACCGACCCCCAAGCAUGAUCAAUCUGACGUCAGAGGAGUACGAGAGGUCAUUAUUGAAGGUUAAGGUCCAGAUCUGUGUGCAGUUUUUCAAAGUCGGCGAAAUCGACACACUAAAGGAGCAGUUUACGGCGGAUGUUGUUGUGAAAGCGAAAUGGAGGGAACCAACUCUAGAUGGUCAAAAUAAAACGUCUGAAUCCAUAGAAUUCAAUAAAUUCUGGAAUCCCAAAUUGUACAUAGAAAAUUCCCUGGGCGAUCCAAAGGAACAAAUUCGGUACCGGCUUCUGUACAAUGACAAAGGAGAAGCAUUCAUCACAGAGAAGCGGGUUAUUAAGGGAACUUUCAUGGAGAAUCUGGAAUUGGAUGAUUUCCCAUUUGAUGUACAGGACUUAACCAUAACCGUGGCUUCCGAGCUGCCGUCCUAUGAAGUGGAACUAAUUGAAGACUUGGAUGACCACCAUGUGGUCAACAAACAAUCUUUUGUGGAUGAACAAGAAUGGCAUUUAUAUAUGCACACCGAGUGUUCUCGAAGGGACCUUGUGAUAGACCAAGCGGACAACAGUGUCCGGCGUUCGGCUCUUUCCGUGAAAUGUCGGGCUGCCCGAAGACCGGGUUAUUUUGUAUGGAAUAUAUUCCUAGUUACAUUUUUAAUAUGCACCCUAGCUUUCGCCACGUUUUCGGUGGAGAAGAAAUUACCCCAGAACCGCCUGCAGUUAUCCUUCACUUUGGUGCUCACAGCAGUAGCUUUCAAGUCAGUGGUCAAUUCCAGCCUUCCAAGAAUAUCCUACCUAACUUAUAUGGAUAAAUACCUACUAGCCGCCAUGAUCAUGCUGUCGGCAGUCUGUGUGUGGCACGCACUGGUCACUGUUGUCAAGGAAACAAUCGCAGACAAGGCAGAAACGAUCGUCCUCAUCUCCCUCGGAAUCAUCUACGUCAUCUACAAUGUCGGCUUCCUCAUCAUCAUCUACCUUUAUCCGUGGAAGAAAAGAAGAACAAUGGCUCAAAAAGACAGAGAUUACACGAUAAACUGCGCUGCCCAAUAUUCAAUAUCUCGGCCGGAGAGGUUCGACUCAUAUAGAGGAAGGAGAAAGUUAUCGGCCCUUCUGAAACAAGCAGGAAGGUCUACGGUUGGUGAAGAGCAAGUUGUAACGAGAAGAAAAGACUCCGGAUGUGGCCUUUCUGAAGUCCUCCAUUGUAACCCGUCGUCCGCCGUCGAUCUUCUCUCGGUCUCGACGACACUCGACAAACGGACGGAACAGGAGGAAGCCAUGUAAUAUGGCGGACAAAUCCAAGAGACUCCGAAACUAACUGGAACACCUCGAGUGUGGCCGAUGUUUAGACACUGCUCAUUCCAUUCGAUAUUCAGUGUCCUGUUUUCAUUGUUGUUAGACAGACAGUGUUAUAUGCAAACCACGGACAUGGCGCUGUGUUAUAUUAUCAUGUUAUUUUGCAGUUAUAUUGUAAUAUAUAUGUGUUUUGGUUAAAACUUGAGAACUAAUACCUCCCAUGUAACGGCAUUAUGUGUACACAUUCAAGGUUUUCCUAUAAAUACCAAAAUAAACAUACAGGAUACCGUUGACAA